GCCAGUGUGCACUGUGCUUUCCGUGGCCUGACUGUAAACCAGGCCAGACUGCUGAGCUGUUUCUAUGGUGCUACAUCAGAGGCUUAAGAGUCACUGCACGCAGCCAAUCAGAUGGCUUGUGGGGGAACCGUGUGGGCUGUAGUAGCUAAGAGAGUGAGUUUGUGAACUUAUUUUUGUUUGGUACAGAGAGGGCAACUUUCCUAGAAGAGCACAGGAGAAGAAAACUCAUCAUUUUCAAUGGAAUGACAACUGGUUUCUGUUGGCUGCAGUCUCAGCGUGGACAUUGAGUCUCUGAAGCUAUUGAGUUCAGUCACUUCCACUUGUAUUGUUAUAGAGCACUUUCUUCAUGUUUUAUGGGUGGGAAGUGAGCAAACGACGAGGAAGACUUCACCCUGAAAACAGGGUCAGAAAGAAGUAGUUUUUGGCAUCUGCUCAGGACAGAACGAAAGUUGUUCUGAAAGCUGUAGAAAGAAAAUUCAGUUGCCAUGGCAGAUAAUGUUAUUGAGGAGACCGAUAACUACCCUGGCAAAGAUGAGCUGGACUGGGGCUAUGAAGAAGGUGUUGAAUGGGGUCUUCUGUUUCCUGAGGCAAAUGGAGAGUACCAAUCCCCCAUAAACCUUAACUCUAGGGAGGCCCGCUAUGACCCGCGGCUCCUGGAGGUGGGGCUUAACCCCAACUAUGUCGUUUGCAGGGACUGUGAAGUCAUUAACGACGGUCAUACUGUGAGGAUCAUGCUCAAGUCCAAAUCAGUUGUGACUGGAGGUCCGCUCCCUAGUGACCAUGAGUAUGAACUGAGCGAGGUGCGCUUCCACUGGGGGAAAGAGAACCAGAGGGGAUCUGAACACACUGUCAACUUCAAGGCUUUUCCUAUGGAGCUUCAUCUAAUCCACUGGAACUCUACAUUAUUCAACGGCGUGGAGGAGGCCAUGGGCAAGAAAAAAGGCAUUCUUAUCAUCGCCCUGUUUGUGCAGAUUGGGAAGGAACAUCUUGGGCUGAAGGCCAUCACAGACGUCCUGCAGGACCUGCAGUAUAAGGGAAAGACAAAAAUAAUUCCAUGUUUUAACCCCAACACAUUACUGCCUGAUCCUCUCUUAAGAGAUUACUGGGUGUAUGAGGGCUCUUUAACCACACCACCCUGUAGUGAGAACGUCACCUGGAUUCUUUACCGUUACCCCCUUACCAUCUCUCAGAUGCAGGAGGUUCUGCAGCGGAUGCCGCCAUCUCUGGAGGUUCGGCAGCGGAUUCAUGCACAGGAAAGGCCCUUGGAGCAGACUCGUGGAUAG